GGAACGCGGCGCGCGCUCACCGCUCACUUCAGUUGACUGCGCAAGAGUGUCGAUGUCGGACGUGUAUGUGAAUUAAUAACAAAAUGAUUAACUCUAAAAGUGUGUUGUGGUUUGCUAUUUUACUAGCAGUGCUAUUAGAAUCGACCGCUGGACGGAAAGGUUUUAGUAGUGGACAUAGUUAUCCUAAAACAGGCGGUUUAUCUGGAGGAGGGCAUCGUCCUAGUGGGCUGUCUGGUGGGGGCCACGGAUACCCAUCGUCUGGAGGUAGCCACAGUUACCCAUCGUCUGGAGGCAGUCACAGUUAUCCAUCAUCAGGAGGUAGCCACAGCUAUCCAUCGUCAGGUGGCAGUCACGGUUAUCCUUCAAGUGGCGGUUUAUCUGGGAGCGGUACUGGUAGCCACGGCUAUCCAUCUUCGGGCGGUAGCCACAGCUAUCCAUCUUCUGGCGGUAGUCACAGCUAUCCAUCUUCUGGCGGUAGUCACGGAUAUCCAUCAUCUGGCAGUGGCUUAUCUGGCAAUAACCGUUACCCAACACAAAACAAGCCCACCGUGCAUCAUACGACGAAUGUUUAUAACUACCACUACAGCCCGCCACAGCGCAUCACCUACAGUCCAGUGCGGGGAAGUCCGCCGGUAUCUUACCCUGUUUACCACGGCACUCCUCCGACUUACAUUUACCAAUACAAAAACUCUGGCAGUAAAUACGGCACGUUGUUGGCCGGCUUGGCGCUACUUAACCUUGGCACUCUCGCCGGCGCCGCCUAUGCACACAGUCACAACUCCAACCCACAGACGCAUUAUAAGCCACAACCCGGCGAAGUGUGCAAGUUUGCAGUGAAAAGAGACAACGGUGAUUAUGAGGAGACGAAAAUAGACUGCCAGAUUAUAAGUAGCUUUAUCUUGCAAGAUCAAGGCCAAAUACCCAAUACAGGCACGAAUUCUACUGUAACAGUUGUCACCGUGACAAAUACUACAGUUAUGAAUACGAGUAAUAUGGCUAAUACACCAGCGCCUAGUAACCCUCUGUAUCAGAUGCUUCCUAAUGGAACAUUAGUACCUGUUAAUGCGACAGUUCCUGUGGUUCCACCGAUGCCUACGCCUAUGCCUGUAAAUCCCAUGAGUAUGUCACCAAACCUUUCGCCAAACGGUACCCUAAUGACAUCUUCUGUAGUUACGACGACCACGACUAAUACGACUCUUGUGAAUGCCUUGGACGUUAAAGGAAGGCCCGUAGAGGUGACACCAGGCAUGCAGUGCUUUGUGAUCCGUAAUACUCCGACGACCAACAUGAGGAAGCACGUGCCAUGUGGACUCUUACAGACAUACGCGGAAAAGUCGUUGCGUAGAAAUUCAGCGACUCGUAAUGUGCCUAUGUUUACUAUAGUGGCUGCUAUCGUUGCAGUUUGUGUAGCUUUUUAAGUAAAACCAUAUGCCACAGUGUCUAAAACACUUAUUGUUUUUAUUUUGCAGACAGCUUAAAUGUCUCUGUAUUGUACUUGAAAAGAACUUGUUUACCUAAUUGCAUUUUGUCAUGUUACUUAGGUUUUUAUUAAUAGUGUGAUUGUUUAUAGCCAACUAUGAAAAAAGAGGUCUUUGACAUGAACGGCGACUUAAAUUGUUUCAAAUAAAGUCUAGUGUCGUGAAAAUUGGGGAUCUCAAUUGCAAUAUGUUUAUUGUAUAACUAAGGCCAGGAAUAGAUCUGUUAGUUUAGCAUUUUGUGUACCAGAACUUAAUUUAUAUGUAGCAGUAUAUUCUAUUGAUUGAAUCGUAAGGUCAUUGAACAUUUCUGCCAGUAAUCGCUCAAUCGAUUGGUAGGUACUUAUUACAGACAAAUAUUUCGAAACUUUUUGAUGCACUUAAAAACGUGUGACUUUCACUUUUAAUAGUCUUUUAUGGAUAAACAGUACGCUGAUUUGUUAUUAUAAGAUUUAAUGAGUAAGUUACGAAAGAAAGUUUGUAAUUUUUUACUUAGAAGUGAUGGAUUUUAAGUAUUCUCUGUUAUGGAUUGCAGACUAUCAUCUUCGCAAGUAAAGUAUUGUAUUCGCGGAGGCAACUCUUGAAUUGUAAUUUUGCUAAUUAAAGUCAUGUUUUUGUAUUAAUUUGUUGUUGUUUAAUUGACGUUGAACUUGCUAGGGAUUUCCCGAUAUACAGAAUUCGAAUAUUUGGGAAGAAAAACUCAAUUUUAUGGAGAUGCUUCUCUGCACUUUAAUGCCAAAAUUAUUUUACCGUAAUGUAUCGAUGUUUGUUAUUUUAAAAGUGAUUCCUGUAAAAACAUGUAUGUGAUAUUUAUGUUUUUAAUAAAAAUAUUUUAGUAAUU